CGACAGUCGAGUAAGAGCGCAACUUGAAGGAGUUCUGUAUUAUCUUUGUUUGAAAAUGGAUGGUUUCCCAAUCUCACGGACUCAAUAUUCCGCGCUCAGCGCUAGGCUCUGGCACUUUGAUUCAUCAGGCAAGAACAUUGCGUCCGGUCUUACGGUCCAUAUGCCAUGAUUCCCUCCAGGUCACCAGACACAGUGCUUAUUCUGAGCGCUGGGAUGAUCCGCGUACUUGCCCAUAACCCUUGCCCUCUAACGGUAGGUGUUAGCCCACACCAUGGUCCCGUCCUCGGGUUUUUAUCUAGUUGUGUCUGUGAUUUCAAUUGUUUCGACUACCAUGGCAGUACAAGUUCAUCCAGUCAAGCGCACUGUCGUCUCACUUGCCACCUGCGCUAGUGAAUACUCAUGGAUGGACAACGCUCAGGGCAACUCACCUUGUCUUACUGCCGCUUAUGUCGAGGCUGCAUGUUCUGGGACCAACAGCAUGUGGAUUGUCCUUAUUUCUUGGCUGUAAACUUAUGUGUGCGCUCUAAGACUAUGUCCAACCAGUCCUGAACAACGGCCAAUCGUACACCUUGCCAAAUUCCUCGAAUGGAAAUGCAUGUUAUUGUUCUUGGUCGUCAUAUAAUCUUAUGAUGGCGUGCACUAUAUGUCAAGGCAAUAAUGAUUCUGCUGUCUACGA